UCUAUGUAUGCUUGACGCAUCGUUGCAUGACUCACGCAAUACAUCGCAACGUCGUCGCUCGUCAAUAUAAAAAUAAUUCAAAGUGGUGAUAUGUCAAACUAAUUAAAAAAUAGGUAGUUUUUAGGUCUAGGGUGGUAGAUAGGUAGGCUGAAGUGAAAUUUGGUAGAUCUACCAAAAAGUUGGUAGAUAUGACAGCACUGGCUGACGCACAAACCGUGCAGGCUAUAAAGGAAAAAAAAAGAAAUGGUCUACUAUAAACUGUUUGCUCUGCUGUUUUAUUUUUUGUGGUAAAACGAAUUUGUAUUGUGGUACCUAUUUGUUAUUUCAGUAUCUAAUAAAAUGGUUGGGCCACUGACUAUUCUUAAAAUUCUUCACUGUAAACAACUAUUAAAAAGAAGAGCGAGAAAACGAUCCUCCAAAAUCAAAGAAGUUUAUGAUUCCUCUUCAGAUGCUGAAGACCAGAAUGAGACCAAAGAGGAAGAAGAAAACAUAUGUAGAGUUUGUAUGAAUGAAGGUAAUAUACCAAUAUUUGGAAACGAUCUUGUAGAAGACGUGUCGGAAUCUUUAAGAAGUUUCGGAGGCAUAGAAGUGGAAGCUGAAGAUGCUUAUUCAAAGCACCUAUGUUCAAGUUGUUAUACACAACUACAAAAUGCAAUUGCUUUUAGAAAAACUGCUCAAAAAACAGAACAACUUUUGAGGAGCCCUGGAGAAGAAUCUACAGACCCAAUAGAGCCAUCAUUUGAAGAUGAUACGAAUGGAUCCGUGGAAAUGGAUGAUGAUGAACCUUAUGAAUACAAAAAUAAAAAAGUGAAAAAGGAAAGGAAAUGGAGAUGCAGAAGAUGCGACUUAGAUUUCAAAGGAUUUGAAGACUAUCAAGCUCACAGGUUGUCUGAUGAACAUGAGAAUUUCAGACAGACUUGUCCAAUUUGCAACAAAUCAUUUAUGCACUCAUCAUUCAGAAAUCACAUGAAACUGCAUGGUCAAGAGAAACCAUAUAUGUGUGAUUUUUGUGGUAAGAAAUUCCGAAUGCAAGGACAGUUCAGCCGGCAUCGUGCAACCCAUAUUGAUGACUUACCAUUUCAGUGUUCACUGUGCCCAUAUCGUGGGAGAUUUAAUGAAUGUUUGAAAAUGCACAUGAGAACUCAUACUGGGGAAAAACCAUACCAGUGUGCAGAAUGCCCAGCCCGGUUUGUAAAUAAAGGCAAUCUAACAAGGCAUGUGCUCAUACACAAAGAGGAACGUGACUUCAAAUGUGAUGCAUGUGAUAGAGGAUUUUACACUAAACGUGAAUUGGAGUUGCAUUUAAAAGUCGACCACACUGGUGUCAAGGACCAUGUUUGCAAUCUCUGUGGAAAGGCGUUUGGUUACAGAAGACAAAUGCUGAAGCACCAAUUGAAAGUUCAUAAAAGGGAAAAGCUGCGUGGAGGCCGCGUUCCUGUUUAUCUGACUCUCGAAUCUGAAAAACGUAGAAGAGAAUUAGCUGAAAAUCAGAUGUUGUAAACACCAAGGAUUUAAUUAGUUAAUUUCUAUAUCAGUAUGAACUAUAUUUUAAACUAAAUAAGCCAUUUGACAGUAUAUACUAAUACCCUCAUUUUGUUGCAUCAUGUUUUUAUUCAAAACGUGAAUAGUCUACAAAAAAGCUCCAGAGUGACACUCCCGACUUAAUAGGCCUGCUUGUUUUUUAGAAAAAGUCUCAAGGUUGACUAUUUUCCAGAUAACGUAAAUUACAAAAAUAUUAGUGUUUGUUUUGGUUUUUUAAAAUUUUAUCAUCUGGCUGGCAUCUGCAUUUAAUAUGAAUAUUAGCAGCAAUUUUACUAUUCUGAGAGAACAUGUAAUUAAUAACUAUUCUAAAAAUACAUUAAAUAGACUUUUUUUUUCUUUGGUCACAUGACCGAAAACACCUGGGUUUUGGCAAAGACUGAAUUAAUGUGAGAUUGUUUUCUUGUCUUGUUAAAUACCCUAUUACAUAAUGUAGUAACCAUUAAAACUCUAAAUAAUGACUGUUAGCAGUGAGCAGCUGAUAUGUAGCAGAUGAUAAUCCUUUACUACAUAAUAAUUUUCUUGUAAAUUUAAGCAAAUUUAGAAUGUAUGCAAUGCAAUGAUCUGUAGUAGUUUUAUAUUGUGAUGAUUUUUUUCAAGAUCUGAAAAUCGAAAAUGUUAUUCUGAAGAGUUUAAUUUAGGAAUCAAAUAAUAAUAGAUCAAUAAUUAAAUGGAUAUAAAUGUUUUAACACAGUGCUUUAACAUCUUGGUAAUUUUGCCUCAAUUUAAAAUUAUUAUUAUUUAUUUUUAUUUCCUAAUAACAUUGAUAUUAUUAUGUAUACAUUAAAUAAAUAAAAAUUUAAGUAGAA